AUGGCCAUGAAACUCCUACUAGUGGCUCUCUGGGCCGGCGUCCAUGCGCUGGACGGAAGCAUCUUCUUCACGAAUUUGGGCAAGGACGAGCUGAUGCGUGCGGACUGUGGAGUCAGUGGCUGUGGCAAAGCUCUUCCCAUCGCCCAGCACGUUGAGACCUACAGUGGCCUCGUGCCAUGGAAUGGUCGCCUCCUGGCCGCUCUGAAGAGCCAUCAGGUCGUUGAGUUGGACCCCUGGUGCCAGGACACCUCCUGCCCAGUGAAAGUCCUGGUGGAUGUGGACCGGGCCUUGCCGCGGGUGAAUCGCUCCUUCUCCCUGGGUGGUAUGACCUGGUGCCAGGACGCCCUUUACCUCGUCUUUGCAGGCCCAGGAGCCAGUGGCGUGCUGCGUUGUGCCUGUGCUGCGAUGCCGGAGCUCACAGACUGCACCGAGAGCUGCAAGCUGGUGGAUGGAUGGACUCCCGGCAAUGCGAGCUUCCAGCUCUCGAGCUUUGCUGCCGGGGCCGCCUGCGAUGGGGAGCGGAUGCUGGUCACAGACAACAGCAACUGGCGAGUGCAGGCCCUGAACUGCAGCAGUGGCACGGUCUCUUGCACGGUGGAGACUGUGGUGAAGGGCUUGAAGUGGCCCCUGGGCAUCGCUUCAAUUGGAGGAAAGUUGCUGGUGACGUUGGACGAAGGCAUCGUGGAGCUGAAGGAGGGCAGCUUCAGCUCCUGGAGCAGCAAGGGGGACACAGGAUUCCUUUGCCAGGGUGACGGACGGAUCUUGGUGGCCAGUGGUGGAGACGGUCUGCCAUGGCAUGACCAGUCCGAGCAGCUUGGCCAGCGGUGGGAGCCGGGUUCGUGGUCCGAGACGCUCUGCGAGAGUGGACCUCCAGUCUCACCCGAUCCGACGAACGUGGCGAGUCGACUCACCACGGCACCGGGUUCCCCGGAAGCUGCUGAAGCUCUCACCGGAUUCCCCGUGGCCGGAGGUGUUCCCUUCGCGACGCGCCUGGCCUUCUCGGCCGGAACGGUGCAGCGCGACGUGCAGCGCUUGCAGCCGCGCCACGGCGCCGCGAGCCGAAGCGCGCAGGUGCCUCAAUCUCUUCGCUCUCGAAGUGAUGCCAUUGGCAUUGUCUCGCUGGCACUGGGACUUCGAGCUGGCGUACGGGGGCGCUGCAGAUCUUCCGUUCGCGCUGGUGAUGACUUGCGGUCCUUUCUGCUGGGAGAGGAGCCCAAAGAAAAGGAAAAGCCAGCCGCACCUGCUGAGCCAGAAAAACCCGCAAAGCCGGCAAGUACCCCUGCGCCAAAGGCUGCUGCAUCCUGCGAGUCUGCCGCUGCGAAGAAGCACUUGCAGGAUGCUUUGCACCAUGGCCAAUCCGCUCCAGAAUGGGCCAAGCUCAAUGAGACGUUUGCCCUUUUGGACUCGGAUGGAAAUGGCCACAUCAGCAAGGACGAGUUGAUCUCGGUCGUGAAGGACCACGGUGUGGACGAGAAGGAAGUCCUCAAGGCUUUGGAAGAGGUCGAUGCCGACCAGGAUGGAGAGAUCAACUAUGCAGAGUUCGUAAAGCUGAUGAAGUCAUAG